CUGAAUCAUAUUUUAUAUCAUGGGGUCCAUUUUGUAUAUAUGUACCUAUCAUGUGACUGAAGAGGGAAGAAGUUAGAGUAUCAUCAGUGAUGAUGGAAAGGAGGUGCAAGGUGUGUGUUACAGGUGGUGCUGGUUAUAUUGGUUCUCUCCUUGUCAAGAAGCUUUUGGAAAAGGGCUACACUGUCCAUGCCACUCUUAGAAACUUAAAGGAUGAGUCCAAAGUAAGCUUUCUGAGAGGCUUUCCUCAUGCAAAUACUAGAUUGGUGCUAUUUGAAGCAGACAUAUACAAACCAGAUGAUUUUGGGACUGCAAUUCAAGGUUGUGAGUUUGUCUUUCAUGUUGCCACUCCUUAUCUACAUCAAACUGAUUCUCAGUUUAGGAGCAUAGAGGAAGCAGCAAUAGCCGGCGUAAAAAGCAUAGCUGCGACUUGUAUUAAAUCAAGAACGGUGAGACGACUAAUAUACACUGGCACCGUGGUUGCAGCUUCUCCACUGAAGGACGAUGGGAGUGGAUACAAAGACUUCAUUGAUGAAACUUGUUGGACUCCUCUCCAGAGUCUCCACCUUCCUCUAACUGAUUUCCAUAAGGGGUACGUUGCUUCCAAGACAUUAGCAGAAAGAGAAUUAUUAAGGAGCUAUGGUAAUGAUGAAAAUGGAAGUGGUGGAUUUGAGGUGGUAAGCCUGGUUGUUGGCGUUGUGGGAGGGGAGACUCCUCUCAGUUACUUACCAGGAAGUGUUGCAGUGAUUACCUCUCAGCUACAAGACAAUGAAGCCUUAUACCAAUCUUUGAAGUUCUUAGAAGAUAUAUGUGGAAAAAUUCCAAUUGUCCACAUUGAUGAUGUUUGUGAAGCCCAUAUCUUUUGCGCUGAGCUUCCAUCUAUCAAUGGCAGAUUCUUGGUUGUAAACUCAUGUGCAUCAUUAUCAGAGAUAGGAAAUUAUUAUUCUCAAAACUAUCCAGAAUUCAAAUUGAAGGAGAAGUAUUUGGAAGGGCAAAACAGGGGAAUCAAAUGGGACUCAAACAAGCUCAUAGAUAAUGGAUUUGUCUACAAAUAUGAUCUGAAGAUGAUAUUAGAUGAUAAUAUCAGAUGCUUAAGAAGGGUCGGCGAUCAUAGUAUGUGUUUGGUUUCAAUUUUAGAGGAUCUAAAGUGAUUCUAGAAGUUAUAAAAUUGAUUUUAUGAUGUUUGGAUGAUUUAAAGUAGAUUUGAUUUACUUGUAGAAUUUAUUCUACUUGAAUAAACUACACUUUGUGUGUGUUUAGUUUUGUGUUGACAAUAAUUGAUUUUGAUUUAAUUGAUUUUGAAUAAAAGUUUCUUUUAGAAAA